AGCCUCAAUCCGAGUGAGACAACUCGACAGCGCGUAACCGGCUCGAAACGCGCUCCCGUUAUUUUGGGAAGGGCGCAUACUGACCCAACCCUUUGAGCUUCGGCAGGCAGAGAAAUGGACAUCCAACACAAGAGAAGGGUAGCGGAAAGAGCGGCAAAGGAACUGAAUGCAGUUUUCCACAUCGGUGCAUCAGAUGCCGAUCUAUUGGGGAACUUGGGAAAUGUUUCGAGGGAUGUAGAGGCGGAUUACCUGAGCAGGCAAGCAACAGAUACCAUCCCAAAGGUUAGCAAACUGGGCCAGAGUCGGCCAGGGCACCACAGCGACAAAGCAUCCCCAUACGGACACGGACACAGCCAUGGCCGCAAUGCCAAGCGUGCAAUGUCCCGAAGGCUACCAGUCCUCCCCGUCCUGCCAGUGCAGGGCCAAAAGCUUUGGGAGGCGCCCGUAUCCCAAUAUGAAACAUUCGCAAGAUCACCCACACGACGAACCUUCGAAGAAGAACAAAGCCUUCGAAAUCGUACAUCCCACCCCCACCGAUCUCUCGACGUCAUGCUCGUCGGGCAGGGGAUCUCAAACUGGACCACCCAGGGCCCGAAAGAGUUGGAAGAGCCCUGGCAUGAGACGUAUGAGGACGCUACAUUGCACGAAAAUGCCGGAAUCGAAUCGUUCCCGGAGGGCAGAGACACCCCCUCGCCGAUGCAGCUCGCCCCACUAGUCGUGCAUGACACCGCUUAUCAGACUGACCGGGGCUCGAAUGGAAACCCGAUUGAGGAGCAUGCGCGCUUUCAGAGUUUUAGCGAUAUUGAGGCGGUGUUCAAGAAGUAUUCGGCGUUGUUGGGGCGGGAGAGUGAGGGUUUCGGGGGAGCGAUGGAGGGGUCGUCUUUGGCGUCGCUGCCGAGGGCUUUGGGUGCUGCGGAUGAGAACGCGGACAGGAGAGCAUCUGUGACGGUUGUCACUACAUAGGGACCCACUACAGGUCCCCAAGACACGCCCGCUUCAACAGAAUCACAAUCUAAGCUAGAUAGCGUGGAUGAGAACCCUCCCGCGAACACGGCUAUGGAGGGCAUUAUAGUCGCAACGGAAUCAGCCGGAGAUCAAGAGGAACCAUCCGACCGUCCUCUCGGCGCGGAUUUGGGGUCCGGGGUCUUCAUGGAGACACAGCCGCCAGAAGUUCUUACGGGGCUCGGGGACGCUUCCAGUAUCCGCAUUACUAAGGAUUUAAAGCGGGAGAAUGAAGAUCAUCAGUCGCCGGUUUGGAGACCGGAGAAUGAGGUCGCACGGCUUGAAGGGAAGGCGGGACGCCAAAUGGAGGAGACGGAGUUUGGGGAUGUUGAGGAAUGGGUCGAAUCAGGUUGGUAAAUGCAUGGAGUGCCUAUUUAAACGU